UAAAGAAGAAUCAUCUAAUCUAAAUCCCUUAAUUCACCCAAUAAACAAGAUCCCUCUCAGUCAGGGAUCUUGUGUUAGCAGCGACCAAGGUGACGCUCCUCAGGCCAACGGGGGCACUUCUGCGGGUCGCCAGCAGAAGAACCCCGCGGUUCGCUCGACCGCUGAAUCACCGUGACUGCGUAGGAUUCAAUCCUGCCCCUCCUCUCUCGUUCACCACCUCGUCGUCCCUCCUCCUCUUCCUCCAGCCUGCCGGUCGCCCAUUCGCAAAAAUGGCCAUCAACUCUGCCCCCGAGUCCUCCCUCCUGUCCCUCCUCUACCGCUCCUACCCUACCGCCAUCUCCCCCGACGCCACGGAGCCCGACCUUCACACGGCCACCCCCAAAAUCUUCCCGCAGACUAGCUUUUCCGUCGCCGAAGAGGCCGACGUCAAGCAAUGGCUGGCCACCAUCUCCGGUCUGCAGACCGCUCUCAGCAAGGAUGACAAGCCCGUCGUCUCGACCAUCCUCGCCCAGCUGAACUCUCACCUCGCCACCCGCACAACCCUGCUCGGUGCGAAGCCCUCCGUGGCUGAUAUCGCCGUCUACGCUCUCGUCGCUCCUCUCGUCGAGAAAUGGACUCCCGAGGAGCGUACCGGCGAGCAGGGCUACCACCACAUCGUCCGUCACGUCGACUUCGUUCAGAACAGCCGCAUUUUCGCUCUCCAGAUCCCCGAUGAGGAGAAGGUCACCAUUGACGUGAACGACGUCCGCUUCGUGCCCAAGCCCGUCGACCCCAAGGAGGAGAAGGAGCGCAAGAAGAAGGAGAAGGCCGCUGCCCAGAAGCCCGCCGAGGCUGCUGGCAAGCCCCUCGUUGUCGGACAGGGCAAGCCCGAGGCUGCGGCCAAGGCCGACGGUGCUAAGGGUGACGCCGCUGCUGCUGCUGCUAAGCCCGAGGGCAAGCCCAAGAAGGAGAAGAAGGAAAAGAAGGAGAAGCCGGCCAAGGCUGCGCCCGCCCCUGCUGCUCCCCCGUCUCCCUCCGUCAUUGACCUCCGUGUCGGUCACAUUCUUCGUGCCGUCAACCACCCCAACGCCGACUCCCUCUACGUUUCCACCAUCGACUGCGGUGACGCCCCGGGCACCGAGAACACCUCUCUGGAUGAGGCCACCGGCAAGACUGUCCGCACUGUGUGCUCUGGUCUGAACGGUCUGAUUCCCCUGGAGGAGAUGCAGAACCGCAAGAUCGUCGCCGUCUGCAACCUGAAGCCCGUCACCAUGCGUGGCAUCAAGUCCUGCGCCAUGGUCUUGGCCGCCUCUCCCCGCGUGGCUGAGGGCGAGGACUCGCACGCUGGACCCGUCGAGCUCGUUUCGCCUCCUGCCGAUGCCCCUGCCGGUGAGCGCGUGUGCUUCGAGGGCUGGACCGAGGGUGAGCCCGAGAAGGUUCUCAACCCUAAGAAGAAGGUCUGGGAGACCUACCAGCCUGGAUUCACCACCACCGAUGCCCUCGAGGUUGCCUUUGAGAUGAGCGCCGUUCCGGCCGUGCAGGGCCAGGAGAACAAGCCCGCUCUGGGUAAGCUGAAGACGCAGUCCGGUGGACUUUGCACAGUCAAGACCCUGAAGGGUGCGGCUGUCCGGUAAGGGAUUAAUCGAUUCGGAGGGGUGCAGACAUAAAAAGGCAGUUUGAAUUGGAAGCAAAAGAAAAAGAGGGGCUGCUCUAAUCAAAAACGUAAAUAGUUAGUUAUGAUUGAUAGCGCCAUUGCAAGUUAGACGAGGAAAGGGA